AUGAACUGAUGAUGAAACGUUAAAAAUGUAAACAACUCAUAUUUUCAGUGCUAUCGAAUCCUGAAGAUAAAAUGCCAUCGAAAGCAGUAUUAUGCGAGUAUAAUAGGAGUUUGUGCUAUUUAUGAAAUGGCCGACGACUCUCUCCUUCAGCGACAAGAAGAGGAAUGGCAAGUUUUGCAAGCGGUUUACAUGGACGAUGUUGUCGAUCUUAGAAAGAAGGUCGCAUGGAAGGUUGAGAGACCUCUACAUAUAUGCUUGGUAUUGAAACAGCAGCAGUCAGAAAGUGUAGCUGGGACGACUGACAGUGAUAGCAUGAUUCAUAUGGUUAUAAAAUGUCCAAAUAAAUAUCCUGAUGAGGUACCAGAAAUAAGACUAGAAAAUGCCAAAGGACUGUCUAAUGAACAAAUUGCUGUGUUGAAUACAGAACUAGUAGAACGAUCCAAAUCAAUGGUUGGAGAGGUUAUGGUACUAGAGCUAGCUCAGCAUGUACAGACAUUUCUGCGUGAUAAUUACAAAGGUCCACAGAAAUCUUUUUAUGAAGAAAUGUUGAGUAACCAAUUGAAACAACAAGAAAAACAAAAAUUAGAACAACAGAAAAGACUUGAUUUUCUAAAAAGAAAAGAAGAAAAAGAGAGACAGCUUCUUGAAGAUGAAAUACAGAAGAGACAGCAUGCUCUGAAAGAAGAAACAAAGAAAAUAAAGGAAACUAAACAGAUAUCUGAUGAGAAACCAACAGAACAAGAGAAAACUGUACCAGCUACUCCUAUUACUGAAGUACCAACAUGUUCCCCAAUUGGUACCCCAAGUACUCCUAGAAGACCAAGAAUGUCACAUUCACCCUCACCAUUAAUUGUGCUUCCAAGUAAUGAGAAUAAAUAUAACCAGGAUAAGAGAAGAAGGAGAACCAGUACCCCAUUGAGAGAUAUGGAUGAUUCUGACCACCAAUGUAAAGAUCAUACUGGAGGGAUAGUGGUUAUAGCCUUCAAUACUAAAUCAGAGAGAACAAUACAUAGAGGCACAUGUUUAGGUCAUAGUGUCCAUGGUAGUACAGUGUAUGCUGGGAUAGAUACAGCCAGUGGAGAAUUAGUAGCCAUAUCAGAAUGGGUUUUAAAGUGGCGGCAUAUAAAACAAAAGAGAACUCAAAGAGUUGAUUAUGAAGAUAAAGAGGGUGCUUCUUACUUAAAACAGAUUACCAGUAUUGAGCAAGAAAUACACAGCUUGAUACGAUUACGAAAUAAAAAUUUAAUUCACUACUUAGCAAUAAAGUAUAUACAGGAAGCUGGGAAAUGUACAGUUUAUAUUUUAAUGGAUUACUCUGGAGGUGCAAGUCUCAACAUACAUAUAACAGAAUCACGUCCACUGUCUGUAGAUAUCAUCAAAGCUUACACAGAGGAGAUUUUGUAUGGAUUGGAGUAUUUACACAAAAAAGAUGUAGUACAUAAGUAUCUAAGGGCUUCCAGUAUAGUUGUUGAUAAGAAUGGCAGAAUAAGGAUUGGUGAUUAUAGUAUUGACAAGCGGCUGUCAGAUCUAUAUUAUGCUGUGGAGUCUUCCCGGCCUGGUGUCCACUUUACAGGAGAGAGAGAAUUGAUACCAGUUAGAGGAGGAAAGAAAGGAGAUGUUUAUCAAUUGGGUUUGAUUCUGUUAUCUGUAGCUAUUGGAUUGGAUGCUGAUCCAGACAAGCCAGAAAUACCACAAAAUUUCCCUCCUGUGUUUCAAGAUUUCUUAACUAAAUGUUUAAUGAAGGAUGAGAGACAUCGUUGGUCAGUCUAUCAAUUGUUGGACCAUAGUUUUAUCAAGGAAGAAUUACCACACACCAUUCAUUAUGCUCCUCACAAACCUGCUGUUACAGAAGAAGUCGAGAAAAAACAAGAUGUAAACAAAGACAAUGAUUCAGAAGAUGAUGACUUAGCAGAUUUACCCUUCAUCACUGCUUUAGAGGCCAGUGGACAGUCUCGUCUAACAAAUGAAUUUGAAGUCCUUAGGUCCCUAGGGAAAGGAGGAUUUGGUGAUGUCAUUGAGGUUAGAAAUAAACUAGAUAGAAGAAAAUAUGCAAUUAAAAGAAUACCAUUGAAUCCUAAAAGUAAAUACUUUAACAAGAAAAUCACCAGGGAGGUCAAAUUACUGUCUCGUCUCAAUCAUGAAAAUGUUGUUAGGUAUUAUAAUUCCUGGAUAGAGACCAGUGAAGAUCCAGCACACAGUGACUCAUCCACAUCCACCUCCACGACUACAGGUACAGGUACAGGUAAAACUCAAACGACCAGCGACAGCAGUUCUUUAAUGAAGAACAGUCUGAAUUUUACCGAUGACAUAGAGAAGUUUGCUCCUCAAGCUCGAGAUGUCUCCGUCGAGUGGAGUAUGUCCUAUAAUACCACGGGAAUACAGAAAAUACACGAUGAUUCAUCUGAUUCAGAAGACGAAGCUGAAGUAUUUGGGACAUCUUUCUUUGGAAAGAUGGACGCAUCAGAUGAUGUACUGUUUGAACAUGAUAGUUCUGACAAGUCUGAGGAUGAGGAAGCUGGUAUUAAUAAAAGUAAUAAGAACAUACAACCAGAACAAGUAGCCAAGUUACAGUAUCUAUAUAUACAGAUGGAGUUCUGUGAAAGAAGUACAUUACGAAACUGUAUUGAUGCUGGGUUGUACUUAGAUAUCAAUCGUCUGUGGAGGUUUUUUAGAGAAAUUGUUGAAGGCCUUGUCCAUAUACAUGAACAGGGUAUGAUUCACAGAGAUCUUAAACCAGUCAACAUUUUCUUAGAUUCUAAUGAUCAUGUGAAGAUUGGGGACUUUGGUUUAGCAACAACUAGUGUCCUGGCAUCUCAACCAAAUAUAGAUGCUACUAUGUUCAGUUUAAGUGCAUUAGAAUCACGAGAUGGUGUAUCCAAAUCAAUGUCAAGGUCAGAUGGAGCAGGGGACUUAACUGGGAAGGUUGGAACUGCUCUUUAUGUCAGCCCAGAGAUGAUGACAAAAAUGUCAUAUAGUCAGAAGGUAGACAUGUACAGUUUAGGGGUGAUAUUCUUUGAGAUGUGUUACAGGUCAUUAACUACUGGUAUGGAGAGAGUUCAGAUUUUGGCUAAUCUAAGGAGCAAGGAAAUUAAUUUUCCUGAAGACUUUGACCAGCUAGAAAUGAAAAACCAGACAAGUAUAUUAAAAAUGUUGAUGAACCAUGACCCCUCACAAAGACCAACAUCGGCAGAAUUACUUAAAUCGGAAUACAUGCCACCUCCCCAACUAGAGGAGGCAGAACAGAAUGAGAUCUUACGAUCUACGAUCUCUGAUCCUCAUAGUAAAGCAUACAAACGUCUCAUUAAUGAGUUGUUCUCACAGACCAUCACUUCAGCAGACGACCAUCUGUAUGAUAGUGAUUUUCAUAAGGGUGGUAUUACAAUCAAAACAGCUUUGACCAAUGAGCUAGUGUAUGAAAACCUGAUUAGAAUAUUUCAGAAACAUGGUGCUAUCCCGGUGUUAUCUCCCUUUUUCAUGCCUAAAUCAUCAGUAUAUGACAAAUCGGAGAAUUAUCCCUGUUUCAUGGACCACAGUGGACUGCUUGUUGGACUACCAUUUGAUCUCAGGGCACCAUUUGCUAGAUACAUUGCCAGAAAUAAUAUCACAAAUUUAAAAAGAUAUUGUAUUGGGAAAGUGUUUAGAACGAAGAAACUUCAUAAACUACAUCCCAGAGAACUGACAGAGUGUGCUUUUGAUAUAGUUACCUCUUCCCAAGGCAGCUUGAUACCAGAUGCAGAGAUACUGAUUGUUGUACAAGAAAUUAUCAAUGAGUUCCCAGCAUUGCAGUCAAGAAGUUACUAUGUAAAGAUUAACCAUGUGACUAUACUGCGAGCAGUACUGAUGCAUACUGGUAUAGAAGAUCAUUUUUUUGAUGAUGUUAUGACAGCAUUAAGUGGACCAAAGGUAGACAGUAAAACACAUACCAAAUCUUUAUAUACCUUAGGACUUUCAGAACAAGUCACAUCAUCUUUACUUAAUAUUCUGGAGAUGGAGGGACCAUUUGCAAAGAUUUCAAGCUUUCUGAGGUGUAUCACAAAAACAAAAGGGGAGGCAGCAUCAUUAGCUAAACAAGGAUUACAUGAAUUAGAAACUGUUAUAAACCAUGCUAUGUCUAUGGGAUGUAAACUGCAGAUGAUUGUUUCCUUAGGAUUUUUGUAUAGUGUUCAUCAGUAUUCCGGAGUCAUUUUCCAAGUUAUGUGUGACCAUAGAAAGAAAAAUCGUAACAUUCCAGAUGUGUUAGCUGUAGGCGGCAGAUUUGAUGACUUGAUCUCAAAGUUUCAUUCACCCAUUACUCAUUCAUUAUCACAACAAUACAGUAUUACCCAGCAUGCAGUUGGAGUUAGCAUUCAUUUUGAAAAAAUUGUCUCAGCAUUAGUGGAUUAUCCAGAGUACCAACCAAGUAGUAGGUGUGAUGUAUUAGUGUGUGCCAUUGGACAUAAACCAAUGUUAAAGGAUCGAAUGACCAUCAUCAAAGAUUUAUGGGCUGCUGGUCUCAAGGCAGAAUUAUUGCUUGAAACUAUCCAGGCGCAAGAAGACAUACAAGAUAUUUGUAGGUCAGCUGGCAUAUCACAUAUGGUGGUGAUAAAAGAUGGGGAUAGUGUAAAGGUUAGAUCAAUUGACAAAGACAAGAUAGCAGAGAAGAAAUUGACACCUAAUGAUCAGUCACUGACUGAAUUCUUACUGCAGAAAAUACAGUCAAAUAAAAUUGAACAAAAUGACACAAAGAGCCAAUUAGGAGUGUGCAAUAUUACAUUUUCUCAGCCUCAUUCUGAAACUGUCCAAUCACAAUCAAACUAUUCAAACAUGACAUUGAACUUUAUAUUCAUCAUGAUGGAAGGAAAACUUGCUCUCAAUACCAGAAAGAAGUAUGAACUACAGAUUCAUGGAAAGGUAACAACAAGUUUGUCAUGGUUACCUGGGAAAUCAUGUGAUGUUGUGGCAGUAGAACUGAAUGCUCCAGUCAUAAAGACAGUUGCUGCCUAUCUUGAGUUAAACGGUAACCAAAAGGAUUUUAACUUGAGUAUCGGCAGCAUUAUAGAAAAGCAUCCAAAACAUCGUAAAUAUCUGAGUAAUGUAUUUGAUCAGAUAUUUGAGUUAAAGUUUGAGAGGAAGACUGGUAAUGAUAAAGGGUGUGACUUUAUAGUAUUAUAUGGACUAAAGGAUGAUAGUGUCAAACUUUUGUCAUGACCAAGGAACAGGGAUACUCAUAUUUAGUCUGUGAUAAAUAAUUGUAUAUGGUGUACUAGAAAAUGUAUAAAACAUUAUGAUUUAGGGUCAAUAAGGGUAUAUAUAUUAUAUAAAUAUUAUAUUUAUGCCAAAUUUUAUUUAAGUUUUCAUGAAAUAUAUGUAUUGUCACAAACUGUCAAAUUUUGAUAGAAAAAAAACUUUUAACUUUUAAAAUUUGAGUUGAAGAAGUGAAACCAGUCUUUGUAUUUAUUUAUAUCUGACAAUAAGAUUUAGAGUUAUUGCCCUUUGUAAAAUUAGAAAAAUAGUACACUAUAUUGAGAAUAUUCUGUCUGUUGUCACACUGGCCUUAAAUCUUGUUUGGAUGAAAAUAAUUUGAAGAUUUCAGAUAGAAAAGAGUUUUCAUUUGUCAUUUGUUUUCAGAUUCAGGCAAUAUGUACAUUGUAAGAGUUCAGUUUCAGAGUUUUUAUGCUAAUUCUGUUAUUUUUACUGUGACUUGAUUGUAAGUGUUGCUCUCCACCUAUUGUAGUUCAUUCAAAAUUCUGACCAAAUUGCAAUUUGUUUCAUCAAAUCAAACUGUUUAACUAGUCAGAAAUUGUAACCAUUUUUUAUCACUUAAUACAUUUGUACUUUGAUGACUUGACUAUGGAUUUUUACAGCAGUUCAUUAAAUUUCUGACCCAUUGAACACUUAAAUAAGAUAUUUUUAAACUAAGCCAACUUCAUAUCAAGUUAUAUACCAGUAUGCUUCAAUCAAUGACAACUUACACUGCUAAAACAAAUGUGCCUUUUGAUUAAACAGAGGAACACAAAAAGUAGCAUUUGUACAUCUUUUUACCAUAAGAAUGCAACUUGUAUAAAGUCUCUUGUACAAAGGCUCUCAUAUUUAGAAAGACAUAUAGUGGCACAAGUUGUACCCAAUUUUGAUACUGUGAUUUUCACAAGGGUUCUGGCUUUUAACACCUGUAUUCCUAUAAAUCAUAAAAUGUGAAGGCAUAUCAAUUGUUUUCUUACCCGUCCUUUAUUGUAGGUUGAAGGGUCUAGAAGUGUAGAUGAUCAUGUUAUCAGUGUUUCCACUGUCUGUAUCACUCUGCUCAGCUCUUCAUAAAUUUGCAUAUCAUGGCUUUGUAAUGUCAAAUACGUCAACUUGGCCUAAAUAAUUUUGACCAGACAUAUCCCCGACGUCAUAAUGAACGAAACCAACGUUGAUAAGUUUGACCAGAACUUAUCAUGGUAUCUUCAGGUUUGCUGCUGAAACAAAGAGCAAAUAUAAACCGAUAAAUAGAUUCUCAUAUUUUAUCAUAUCUCUAUUGUAAAAUUUCAACUCAAGCAACAAUAUGAAGCUUUUUUGAACUCAUUCACUGCGCUCACUUGACAAAAAGCUUCAUAUUGUGACUCACAGCUGAUAUUUUACAAUAUCAAUAUGCUGACAACCUGAUAAUCGGUACUUAUCUUGCCAUUUUGUUUUUAAAGAAGUUCUGAUCCUUUCACAAUAUUAUUGAUUUUUGAGAUUUCAUUUCAUUUUUUUUUCAAAUGCAGACAAUUCGUAAGAUAAAGUGUAACCAUCUUUUUAAUUAUUUCAUGCAAAUACCUUCUCUUUAUCCCUAUUAUUAAGGAGCUAAAAAAGGGGUUUAAAGUGAGGGUGGUAAAGGGUUAUUUUCGUGCAACGUGUUUUGCCAUUUUUAUUUCACGUGCAGCCGUGAAAAAGGUUCGUUAUUCACCGUGUUUCGUGAAAUUGGUAAAAAGAUCAACGUGCAAGAAAUUUUUAAUUGUUCGUUCAUCGUGAAAUGGCAAUUUUAUUUCUAGUUCUUCCGUGCAGAUAUCCCCUCUUUACGCCCCUCUAAAGUUGUUAUUAUCUUUGGCAACCUCAUUGCUUAUCUGAAGACCUAAUUUCUCAUAAAUAUUGCAAUUACUAGAGAUAUUAAUGUGGAGAGAAUCUCAUACUUGAAUAUUAGUAAGAAUCAGCUAUAAUUUAACAGCAACCCUACAACACAAUUGAAUCAAAACAAAUACAUGAAAAGGAAAUUGAAUAAAUGAAUAUAUUGACAUGAAUAUUUCUUGCAUCGACCCCAAGAAAACAUUGAUUCUGGUGCUAAUUUAAAUUCCACUUUCUUUACAAUAAUGAAACAGUUUUCACAAAAUCUUGUAUAAUCUCAUUAAAGAUACCAGGAUUAAAAUUUUGUACGACAGACACAUGUUUCUUCUUCAAAAUAUUCAUCAGUGAUGCUCAAAUCAAAAAGUUAAAAAGGCCAUAUAAAUUAUGAAGUUGUAGACCAUUGAGGACCCAAAAUUGCAAAAGGUUUUGCCAAAUACAGCUACGGUAAUCUAUUCCUGGAGUAGAAAAAUCCUUAGUUAUUUGAAAAAUUCAAAGUUUUGUUAACAGUUAAUUUAUAUUAUUAUGACCUUAUCAAUGAUAUAUCAUGUCAGUACAGAAGUGCUGACCACAGGGCUGGUGAUAAGAUUGAUAUAAAAAAUUUAAAGCAAAGACCAUUAAAGUGUCAAUCAAUUUUCAACAAUGAAAUUUGAAUUAUCAAAAACUAUUUUAAAGAUUAUCAGGUGUUGAAAUCAAUAUUAUUCUGGUGAAACAGCUUCAUUAGGGUGACUUUACCUUUCAGCAGAUUAACCUGAGAAACAACUUAGAAAUCUGGGUUUCAAUACCAGGCAUUUUUCAAAUAGUUGAAAAUUAAAAUUAAUUGUAAGAAAAUUGGUUAACACUUCUAUGGUUUAAGUUGUAAAUGGAAAGUUGAGCAUGCUGUUAAAAGAAAACUUCUGAUAUUGUCAAAGACCUUAUGAUUACCUCUGAAAUUUUCUUUGUUGAAACAGUUUUACUCGUUUGGUUAAAGUCUCGCUAUUCAAAUGUUACAUAUGUUAUAUAUCAAGUUACUUAAGCCGCUUGUUUAUUUUUCCCUGUUACUGAGUACAUGUAUUCUUUUUAAAAUUCUGUUAAUGUUAAUAUUUGUUAUUUCCUUUAUUUGUAAAAAUCAUUGGACCAUAAAAUGAUUAUUAUUAUAUUCAUGUAACAUCCUUAUUAUGAUAAAUAUAUAAAAUUGCUCAAGAUUUAAAUUAUCCAUGUGUAAAUCUUUUACGUUAAGAAAAUCUUUAAAGGUAAAUAUCACGAAUUUCAUAUUUGUAAUAUAUUCUAUAUUUAGAUAUAAAUUACAAGCAAUGGUAUUUAGAUUACCUGCAUUUUUUCAAAUAGAUUUUUCAUCACACUGCAAUUUCAAAAUCGAAUGAUUAUGCAAUUUUCUGCUGAACCGUUGGUGUACUUUUAUAUUUCAUAGGAGUUCAGCAGUUGGGUAAUCAAGUAUAUAUGUCAAAUCUGUCAACUGAAAAAUUGCUUAAAGGUGUCAAGGUUCUUAACAAAUGUUACAACUGUUUUUUUUUAUUAUCAAUUGAUUUGACUGUAAAAACUGAUUUUUGCACAAAUGAGAUGCACUGGAUAAAGGGACUCGUGAUAACAUUUAAUAGCUGAACUCUGACCUAGGUAAAGGUGAUUUCCUACUAUGGUUGAGAUACUCCACUGUUUAUAUAGGUAAAAGUCAUAAUAUUAUUGUCAUGGUCUACAAAUAUGAUGUGUUGUUAUGGUUAAAAUUUAUAACAAUGUAAAAAUUAAAAAUAAAGAAAUAAAAAUAUUUAAAACUUUA